AUGCGGCCUCUGCUAUUGGCGAUCUUGGUUUUCAUUGCCGGAUACAUUACUGCGCGCUUCUCUCUAAUCACACAGGCGGUUGAAUUGGCAUACUUUGCUUGGGACAACGGUGUUGUCGUAAAUACUCCCUUCUCCCGUUCCCAUCCAUCGGACAACUCCUCACCCCCGUGGCUUGGCUGGAAGCUUAUUCUCCCCACUACCCACUUGGCUAACUGGGGUGUCUGUGUGUGUGCGGUACAGGGUCGAGCAACAAAAGGAUUCCUCAUACUAUCGCUAUUUUUCUUUCUCUUCUUCAUCCCCAUCGAGCGCAUCGCAUCGCGGGAAACAAGCCUACAAACACGCAGCGGCAGCGCAAUCUCGGCGCGCGAGCAGCUCCGUCGGCGCGGGAGCUUUUACUAA